CUCGUAACAGGGUCAAAUUUACCGUCACAUCCGGUUCUGCUGUUUAUAUCUGCUGCUGAUCCAUGUGAACAGAUCGUUUUAAACGAUCUGAAAAAUAUAAACCCAUGCAAGGAUAUAUCGACUGCCACUGUCAUAUAUCUGCCGAGGAUUUUGACAGCGACAUUGAUGAUGUCAUUCAGGAGUCUAAAAAGGCUGGGCUUGUUGCCCUUCUUGCAGUAGCAGAGCAUGCUGGUGAAUUUGAGAAAAUUAUACAGCUCUCACAAAGGUUCCCAGGAUUCGUCAUGCCAUGUCUCGGAGUUCAUCCGGUCCAAGAUCCAGCACAACCCAGGGGUGCCUUACCUGAGGAUCUAGACGCGGCAUUACCACUGAUCGACAAAUACAAAGAGGAUAUCGUGGCUAUCGGUGAGGUCGGUCUGGAUUUCACACCACGUGUAGUCAACAGUGAUGCUGGGAAAGACGGUCAGAGACAGGUGCUCAUUCGACAGGCUCAAAUCGCAAAAGAGCUGAAGCUGCCUCUGAAUGUACACUCAAGAUCUGCUGGAAGACCAACCAUCCAUCUUCUGAAGGAGUUGGGUGUAGAGAAUGUACUUCUUCAUGCAUUUGACGGAAAACCUUCGGUUGCGAUGGAGGGUGUAAAAGCUGGUUAUUUUUUCUCAAUACCUCCAUCCAUUAUCAGAAGUGAUCAGCAGAAGCUUGUGAAGCAGGUUCCUCUGGAGAGCAUGUGUUUAGAGACGGAUGCUCCUGCGCUCGGGCCUGAAAAACAGGUGAGGAAUGUACCUAGGAAUAUCAGCAUCAGUGCAGAAUAUAUUGCCAAAAUCAAAGGUGUUCCCUUGGAGAAGGUCAUGGAGGUCACUACCCAGAAUGCCCUGCGCCUCUUCCCCAAAUUAAAAACAUUUAUCAAAGCUUGACAUUAAAAGGGUCUUCUGCAAAGCUGCUGUUUUUAACAAACAUGUUUUUGUGUGCAACAAAUUGUGAUCCAGAAUUAUUUUAAUAGAGCAUUAUGUAUGCUGGGUUUGAAACAAUUAUUUUCGUCAGUGUUCCUGUAAAUUUUGACCAGAAUGUUUAAUAAAUAAUAUUCUGACACGUCACAGUUUGUCUAAAAAUAGCUUCUGUUCUUUUAAAUAAACCAUUGCUUUCCGAACA